GGUGGCGCUCUAGCUCGGUCCUCCAACGCCUCUUCGCGCUGCUGGCGCCCAAAUCCUCCACUCAGAACGCAUCGAAAUUCCUCCCGGCACCCCAAAAUGUCCCUCCUGCCCCGCCGCUGGGGGGUCGCGGUGGCGCCGUUCUCCCUAAACCACCCCCCCGGAGCUGUCGUCUCUAUGGUGGCAGCAGCGGAAGUGGCGCCGUGAGGGAGGGGCGGGGCUUCCGGUUCGGCGCGCGGCGCCCGGGGGGGGGCAGCGGCGGCGCGAUGGAGUUCCCGGGAGGCAGCGACAACUACCUGGCCAUCACCGGCGCCUCGCACCCGUUCCUGAGCGGGGCCCAGACGUUCCACACGCCCAGCCUGGGCGACGAGGAGUUCGAGAUCCCGCCCAUCCCGCUGGACUCGGACCCCUCGCUGGCCGUGGUCGGACACUUCGAGGACCUGCCCGAGCCCGGGGGGCCCCCGGAGCCGCCCUUCGCCCCUCCCCCCUACGGCGUGGCCGGCCUGGAGCUGCCCGUGGGGCUCCCGCCGGGCAUCAUGGAGCAGGGCGGGGGGGCUACUCAACAUGGGUGCAACCCCUGGCUUUCGGGGUCCCCUCUGGGGGCUCUGAGCCCGGGGGCGCUGCUGGGCCCGGCCGGGGCGCUGACCACCAUUGACCAGUCGGAGCUGAGCUCGCAGCUGGGGCUGGGGCUGGGCGGGGCCGCGGCCACGCCCCCCGGCCCCGCCCCCGGCCCCGCCCCGGCCCCGCCCAGCCCCGAGCGGGGGCUGUCCCCCGGCCCCCGUCCCCCGCGGGCUCUCUGCAGGACGAGGAGCUCGAGGACUUCCGCAGGAUCGGGGGCGGACGUGGUGCCCGAGGUGGAGUCCCCCCCGCAGGUGGAGCUGGUGGCCGAGUCCCCGGUGGCGGCCGAGUCGCCCCGGAGCCGCUGCGUCCGCGCCGGCUGCGAGAACCCGCCGGUGGCCAGCGGCGACUGGGACGAGGAGUUCUGCAGCAGCGAGUGCCUGGUCCGCCACUGCCGGGACGUUUUCCUGGCUUGGCUCGCCGCCCGCAACGCCGGGAACAGCGUGGUCUUCGUCAAGUGAGGCGCUCCCAAAAUUUGGGGGAGUUUGGGAUGAGUUUUGGGGUCCCCCCCCCGACGGAAUUUGGGGUGGCCACGGCGGAAUUGGGGACGGUUGGCAUUAAAGGGGCGGUGGAGGA